CGGGCGGAGGGAGACUGUGGAGACAGCCCGGAGCCGAGCGCAGAGCGCUGCGGGGUGCCACAGCCGCGAGGCUCCCACCGACGGGCGCAGCAGGAGCGAGUGGAGCCGGGAGGCGCGCUCCGGGUAGAAAGAGCCAAGCCCGGCGCCCGGACGCGCGGGCGCCCUCCCCGAGCCCCUGCUCCCGCGCCGCGCCCCUCGGCCAGCAUGAGGGUCCUGACGGCAGCGCUGCUCCUGCUGCUCCUGGCGCUGUGCGCCGCGCGCGUGGACGGGUCCAAAUGCAAGUGCUCCCGGAAGGGACCCAAGAUCCGCUACAGCGACGUGAAGAAGCUGGAAAUGAAGCCAAAGUACCCGCACUGCGAGGAGAAAAUGGUUAUCAUCACCACCAAGAGUGUGUCCAGGUACCGGGGUCAGGAGCACUGCCUGCACCCCAAGCUGCAGAGCACCAAGCGGUUCAUCAAGUGGUACAACGCCUGGAAUGAGAAGCGCAGGGUCUACGAAGAAUAGGGUGAAAAACCCCUGACGGGAAAGCUUCACACCGGUUGGAACACAAGCAAAGGGCUUUGCAGAUUAAAAAAACAAACCCUUUCUUUCUCACAGGCAUAAGACACAAAUUAAAUAUUGUUACAAAGCACUUUUUACCGGGGGUCAGUUUUUACAUUUUAUAGCUGUGUGCAAAAAGGCUUCCAGAUGUGAGACCCUUCUCUCUUGUGUUCCAGAUUUCGUCACAAGCUGCUUUUUACCGAAGAGGGGAGAAACUCAUGCCUUUCCUUUAUUAAAAAAAAAAAAAAAAAAAAAUGCUUUUUU